AACUUUUUUUUCUAGAGUUAUUCUCAUUCCUUUGGACUUUGACUGACUUUUUAACCUUUUUCAAGAAUUUCCAAAGUUUUAAAAUAAGAAGAAUAUAAUUACUGAAAUGUUUUCGCCGUGCAGCAGGCAUUUAUUUUUUUCUACACAGCUUCGACGAUUGCAGAGUACUCUCGUCUUAGCGGAACAUAACAACGAAGGUUUAUUACCUGUUACACAAAAUGCAUUGAGCGCUGCAAAGAAGAUCGGAGGAGAUAUAUCCGUCCUUGUGGCAGGAACUAAGUGUGGACCAGCUGCGGAACAGAUAUCCAAAGCUAGUGGUGUGUCUAAAAUCUUAGUAGCAGAAAGUGAUGUGUUCAAAGGCUUCACAGCUGAAACUUUAGCACCUCUCAUAUUAGCCACUCAGAAGCAAUUCAGUUUCACACAUAUCUUAGCGCCAGCAACUGCUUUUGGCAAAGCUAUUUUACCCAGAGUAGCCGCCAAAUUAGAUGUCUCACCUAUUACAGAUAUCAUUGGUGUAAAAGAUGCAAACACUUUUGUAAGGACUAUUUAUGCAGGAAAUGCUAUCUUAACAUUAGAGGCGAAAGACCCAAUUAAAGUGGUAACAGUGCGAGGCACUGCUUUCCCUCCUGAGCCAUUAGAAGGAGGGUCCGCAGCGAUAGAGAAGGCACCAGAGGGUGAUUACAAGACCGACCUUGUAGAAUGGGUCUCUCAGGAGCUGACAAAGUCAGACAGACCAGAGUUGACUAGUGCCAAGAAUAUUGUUUCCGGAGGUCGUGGUCUGAAGUCGGGAGAUAACUUCAAGCUGCUGUAUGAUCUAGCAGACAAGUUGAAUGCUGCAGUGGGAGCGUCCCGUGCCGCAGUCGACGCUGGCUUCGUGCCCAAUGACCUGCAGAUUGGACAGACGGGCAAGAUUGUUGCACCUAACCUAUAUAUUGCGGUGGGAAUAAGUGGUGCCAUCCAGCAUCUUGCGGGUAUGAAGGAUUCCAAGACAAUUGUUGCCAUUAACAAAGACCCCGAAGCACCCAUCUUCCAGGUAGCAGAUUACGGUUUAGUAGCGGACUUGUUCAAAGCAGUUCCCGAACUAACCUCAAAGUUGUGAACAAGAGAUAAAUAUAUUAGUGUUAGGAGAAAAAUUUUA